AUGGCCAGGCCAGAGCUUCCCACCCACCACAGGAAGCCUCAGCUCCUUGCCAGCAACCAGGUGCUGGCACGGACAGACGCACACCCCGUGGGCUUCCCUGGCCUGCUAUGGACCUGCGGCCUCCGACCCAUGGUGUCUGACUCUGGUUACAAGAGUCGUGACUACGGCAUGACACGCAUUGUGGGUGGCACAGAGGCCAAGCCAGGAGCCUGGCCAUGGAUGGUCAGCAUCCAGCAUCCGAGGAUACCAGGCACAAAGCAUUUCUGUGGAGGGUCCCUCAUCAGGGCAGAGUGGGUCCUCACAGCAGCCCACUGCUUUGACCUCAUUUUUAACACCACCUUGGUCUACGUGGUGAUUGGGGCCACCCGGUUAAGUCAGCCAGGUCCUGGGGCACAAGUCCGCCAAAUUAAGAAGUUACUGCGUCAUGAAAACUAUCAGAGACGCGACAUGAGCAAUGACGUUGCCUUGCUGGAGCUGAGCAAGCCUGUCCAGUGCAGCCCCUACAUCCAGCUGGCCUGUGUGGCUGAUGCUAUCUUAGGAAUGUCAGUGUCACAAGAGCAUAACUGCUGGAUUGCUGGCUGGGGUGCCACCACUGCAAAAGAUAAAACCCCAAGUGAUGACCUCACGGAGGCCAAGGUACGCCUCAUCAAUAUCCAGCUCUGCAACAGCACCUUCUGGUAUUCAGGGAAAAUCCACACCCACAACUUGUGUGCUGGUUACCCGCACGGCCGCAUCGACGGAGUGACCAGCUGGGGAAAAAGCUGUGGCAGAUCAAGGCGUCCCGGAGUCUACACCUCCACUCAGUACUUCUAUGACUGGAUUCUGGCCCACAUGGGCACAAACAAUGUUUAAAGUGCUUCUUGA